AUGCCCUGGAAGCCCAGCAGCUGCCGAGAGCCAGGACUUGCACACAAAUACGGGCUCAGCUGCGCUGCACAAAAUAGCCAUCAUUUCCUGGAAACAACUGCACACCAGCUCUUGCAGAACACCUUUCAAGAAGAUCCGAACCGAACGGUUUGGCUCGCAAAUCUUGGCCCGGAUGGCCAUUUCACUCCCAGGAAUUUGUCCAACUUCUCUGCGAGCGCGUGGCUGAUGCCUGACACUCUUCGAGCUCGAUUGACGUUUAUGGUCUACAGCCCAGACGUUGACAUUCUCCUGCUGACCAAUGUUGAGUUCAUCUUUCCACGGACAGGUCACAUUUGGAAGGACAUUACCCAUCGAGCGCUGCCCCUGAGAAUCUUCGCGACAUGGUCCAGCCUAACGUUCGAGGUCUUGUUCUAUGCCCUCAUCGCUUCCCUUCUGUUUACUGAGCUUUGGGAGAUCUACAGUGUCGUCAGAAAGGUGAGGAAAAACAGAUCUGGUUGGCAGAGCUUCUUCAACAGCUACUUCAAUGUUUGGAAUGGAGUGGACUGGAGCUGCAUUGUCCUGGCCUACGUAAUGCUGGGCUUCCAGAUACACAAGGCAGUACUUACGAGAGAGCUCCGAGAAAGCUUGGAGGGCUAUCCUGGCGUGGUGCAAAGUUGCUACCAGGAGUCUCAGCCAGAGCUUUGUGCUGACAGAGCUGGCGAGGAGCUGCUCCAACGUGCUGAGGCCGUUGGCAUUCUUGCGCGCAAUUGCAGGCUCCUCAGGGGCAUUUAUCCCGCGAUCGUUAUAUUGAGGACGCUGAAAGCCUUCAGCGCGCAGCCGCGCCUUGCAAUCUUGACUCGCACGCUCUCGGCGGCGGCGGUGGAUCUCUUCCACUUCAGCUUGGUGUUCUUCUGCGUGUUUGCUGCAUUUGCAGUGAUGGGCACGGCUUUUUUUGGAGAGGAUGAGGUGCACUUCGCCACUUUAGAUCGUGCGGCCAGUGUCCUUUUUUUCGCCCUGAUGGGCGAAGUGCAGUGGACGUCCAUUGACAGCCUCGGUCGCCCAGUAAAGCUUCUCUUCGUUGGAGCUUUUCAGUUUGUGGGCCUCCUGUUGAUGCUGAACAUGUUGAUUGCCAUUAUGAUGGACAUUUAUGCCUGCACCAAAAGCUGUGCCACAAGGAGUGAGCCGCUAUGGACUUCGCUCAAGGAAGUGACCGUGCGGAACUGGGAGGUAUUCAUGGGGCGCGAAAUCUCCUUGCGCCGGCUGCUCAAGACGUAUGAAAGGCAGAAAGGCCCCGGGAUCUACCAGAGUGAGGAAGUUAUCCAAGUGCAGGACUUCAUGAAGUGGCUUCCAGACCUCAAGUGGUCACAAGCAGAGAGGAUUAUCGUCCAUGCCCUGGUGAACUACAAGAGGGAGAAGGACGAGCCAGUUGGCUUGGAAGAACUUCUGCAAGCGAUCACUGACAUCCAGGCAGAUGUGGUUGCCCUGUCCGAGCGUCUACCAGAUCCCGAGCAGCCCAGCGAUGCGAAAACAGGCUGCCGAAUGGAGUCUGCACAUUCUUUGGCAUGUCGCCUGCAGCGAAGACUUAACCGCGGCAUGACCCUUGAAGACCCUUGCAGAGAUGGCUUAAUGGAAGCACUGCAGAGAGGGGCCUCCGUUUUUUCCGGUCAUCUUGAAUCAUUGGGCAUGCCAAAUCAAGAGCGCCAAUUGGACAGCCCGCUCCCCCUGCCCACGCUCCUCGCCUCGUCAGGGCGGGAGAAUCGGUGGCUUCAUGAGGGAUCGAAUCAGGCAGGUUCGAGCGCAGGGGACCUGAAGAUCAGCUCAGGGGACGUGCAGGUCUGA